UGCCGGAAAAGCGUGACCCGGCCCCGCCCUCAGCGUUGCGGGUUCACCAUGGCGGCGGCGCGGCCGGCGCGGGCCCGGGCCCUGUUGCAGCAGAGCGUCUCCGCUCGGCUGCAGGUGCGGCCGCCCGAGAGCGGCUCCGAGGCGCAGUGGGUGGAGAUCCAGAGAGGGCUUGUUAUCUACAUAUGCUUCUUCAAAGGUGCUGAUGAAGAUCUUGUCCCAAAAAUUGUUGAUACGCUGUUGAACAUUAAAUUAAGUGAAAAUGAAAACGGCGAGUUUGUCUCUGUUCUUGAUUUACCAGGUGAUGUACUCAUCAUACCACAAGCUACCCUAGGUGGUAAACCAAAGGGAAGAAAGAUGCAGUACCAUGCAAACAUUGAAAAAGAAAAAGGGUUGGAACUUUAUUCUCAGUUCGUGACUUUGUGUGAAAAAGAACUGGCUGCCAAUGCCAAAUGCAUGGAAGCUGGUGUUCUUGUCAAGCAUGGCACAUAUGGAAACAGACAGGUGUUAAAACUGGAUACAAAUGGACCUUACACUCACCUGAUCGAAUUUUGAAAAAAUAAAAUGUAUCACGAAUGCA